GGAGUGAUGAUUCCUAAUCACGCUCUGCGUUUUGCAGCUAUUCUCCUGCUCUGCUCUUCAGUCACAGCCCAGAAUCCAUUGGAGAUGAAGCGGACGGUUACAGAGCACCAGCUGAUGCACGACAAGGGAAGAGCGAGAGAGGGGCUCAAGCGUCUCCUGUGGCUGCAUGGAGCCAUGAAGGGGUCCACACUGCGACCAGGAGGGACCACACAACUGUGCAACAACGGACGCCCCUAGUAAACCGCAGCGGCACUCAGCUCAUUGCCAAUAA